GUUGACACGCAGUGUCACAUUCGUGUCAGGCAUGCGACAAGGGAUUCCGCACCUCCGUCACCUGGUGCUCACUAUGGAGACCAGCAAUAGCAUAACACUCAACACCGCACCCUCGCAAAACUUCCACACGCAUCUCGAAGAAGGAGGUUCUGCCACAGAAACCGCCACGUCAUCGCCUCUCCCGAGCGAGCAAGUCAGCGCCGACUGCGGUGAUGCUGCGGAACAAAACCUCCUACGUCUAGAAGCUUAUGGCAGCCACAAGCGUUCCGGCUCACGGUCACAGACACGCCGGCGACUGUGGUUUGGCCGACCCGGGCCGGGCUCGGCUGGGCGGCUGGCUCCAGGCUGCAGGUGCCGGGGCCUCCUGGCGGGAGCCUCUCGCGGACGACGGUCGUCGCCCAGGCAACGAAGGCCAGCCACAGGAGCACAUCUCACACCACUCUCGUCCCCUGUCCUAACGAUGCUGACUAAAGCAAGUCGCGUGGCAGCGCCCGGCGUCAGUGGAGCAGAGAAGCCCCCCCGUCCCGGCCGCACGGGAGGGCGGGCCGAAGGAGGGAAUGGACGAGGGCGACCGCGGUCUGGAAUUCUCGCCCGGAACAUGAGCACUCCUAACCGGCGCCCGUUCCCGGUCCACGUUCACGCGCGCCAGCCGCCCCGAGCCGCCUCCUGUGUCUUCUGCUCUGCCAGCCGGGCGCCGGCGUGUGACUGCUGUGUUGUUGGAAGCCAUUCCCUUUUCUCCCUUCCAUCUUUCGCUGUGGCAAAACACACGCGGCGCGGAGUGCACCGUCUUGGCCGCGCGAGGGUCCGCGCCUCAGUAGAUUAAGGACAUUCACGACAGGCAGGCGCCGCCCCCAUCCUUUCCGGAACUCUCCCACCUUCCGGAACCCAAGCUCUGUCCUGUGCCGCCCUCUCCGCCCCCGGGCGCCUCCUCCCCACCCUGGUCUCCAGGGAUUUGAAAGCUCCAAGUGCCUUACAUAAGUGGAAUCACGUGGCACUUGUCCUUUGUGACGGGCUUCUGUGGCUUAGCACGUGUCCUCAGGAGCCAUCCGCGCGCGCGGCAGCAGCGGCCAGCUUGCUUCCGUCAUGCUGCCCCGUGUUUUCACGCGUCCCUCAUUUCCUGUGUGGCUGUCUUCUUUUGUGUUCAGUUGAUUUUUUUAUAGCGAAAUGUUUAAGUUCCUUUCUCAUUUCCUUUUGUGUUUAUGCUGUAGCUAUUUUCUUUGUGGUUACCAAGGGAUUACGUUUAACAUCCUGAAGUUAAAGCAUUCUGAUUUGGAUUUAUAGCAGCUUAAAUUCGGAAGCCUGUGAGACGUCCGCUCCUUUACAGCCCGGUCCCCACCCCCUUCAGCUGUUAAUGUCACAGGAUUGCAUCUUUGUGACCGUGUGUCCAAGACCACAAACUAA